UCAUUUCAGACCUUUCUGAAUUCAAAGAUCAUAAAGAUACAGCAAGGAUGGUAAUAUUGGUUCUUGUUUUUUCCACGCUUUUUGUAGUAUUUUGGUUCAUUAUAAUCGGGAAACACCUUAUCGAAAAAUGUAGACAAUGUUUCAUGAUGAAUGAAAUUAUAUCGGAAAAAGUAAAUGAAGAAAUAACUCGAUAUAAAAAAGACCAAUACGUUCCUUCUGAGUUUGUGAAGAAAAACGAGGAUGACAUCAGACGGAAAAAAAUAAGAGAUAUACAUAAUCAGCAUAUAAAUGACUGGAUGAAAGAAGAUGAAAAGUUUAUUGCGACAAUGGCAACACACACACUAUUUGAAAGUCUUGAAAGAAACAGUUGUGCUCUUGUAGUUGGUAUUGCUGGUAAUGGUAAAUCUUCGAUAAUUCGUCAUAUCGCCUUGAAACUGAAAAGCCAAGAGCAUUAUGAAAUAGUCCCAAUAGUGCUCAGUCCAGAAAUAAUUUUUGAAUUUCGAAAAACAGAUCGAAAACAGAUCUUUAUUGUAGAUGAUUUGUGCGGGAAGGUGAAUGUCAACGCACAAUCUGUCGAUAUCUGGGUGUCGCAGAUCAAUGAAAUUCUUAAGUUGAUAGAUACUGCCCAUAAAAACGAAACCAAAGAGAUUGCUGAAGUGAAAUUCCUCUUUGCCACUAGGUUAAGUAUUUUCGAGGACAGCAUUUUUCAAAAGCUCAGACUGCUUAUGAAAUAUGCAUUCCCAUUAUCGGAGUUUUCUUUGACAGAAGAAGAAAAACUGAAAAUGAUCAACAAAUAUAUUACACUGGAAGCGGACACAAAACUAUUUAAAAAGUUAAAAUCUGACGACGCAUAUUUUCCUCUUUUAUGUAAAAUAGCUGAACGGAAAACACCUGAUCAAAUUAUAAAAUUAUUCAGCAAUCUCAAAGGUUUCAUUAAACAAGACUUGAUGGAUUUAAAGGAAAAUAACCAUCUCCAAUUUUGCAUUAUAACAUUGUGUGCAAUAUUGAAUAAUAAUUUUAAAGAGGAAAUACUAAACGAUGUUUAUGAAUCAGACAUUGAAAGACAAGCGUUCGAUAAUAUUUGCAUGGAAUUUAAUCUAGGAACUAAUAAAGACCAAGUUAAAAGUAAAAUUAAAGCACAACUAGCCAACCUCGAGGGAAUGUAUAUGACGAAAACUGAAAAUUAUUAUCAUUUUAUUCAUGCCAAAGUGUACCAUAUUGCUGUUGUGGUAUGUGGUCAGACAUUUCUUCAUAGUUUUAUCAAAUACAUCCGAACUUCAUUUAUUGCUGAACGUUUUUGCUUUCAAUCGACAAUGGCAAACAUCAAUAAAAAUACAAUUUCCAUCGAUAACGAGGAUGCCGAAAAAAGAUUUUUCGACAGAUUGAUGUUUGAUUUAGAAAAAGGUGAAACAUACAGUACAUUUCAUAGCAAUCAACUUACAAAUAAGUCGUACAGAGAUAAAUUUUGUAACUAUUGUCGAAUUAGAAAACAAAAAGUUGGGGAACUUUUAAAACAUUUCAGUGUAAUAAACAGCAAAAAUGAUGAUAGAAAUUAUGAUGACUACAUUGAUUUUAAGAAACAGUAUCAUUUCUUUUCUCACCAAAUGCGAAGACCAUUCAUUGAGUCUGCAUGGGAAGGAUACUCUGAUAUUGUUGAGUUGUUAUUGGAGUUUAAUUUCGAUAUCAAUGAAAGUGAGAAAUUUGGACGAACGCCUUUGCUCGUUGCGUGUCUUUUAGGGAAAAAGAAACAUGAGGAAGUAGUAAAUUUCUUGCUGAAAAAUAAUGCCGACCAUUCGCUGUGUGAUAAAAACAAGCAGUCUCCGUUAUUGGCAGCUUCUAGAGGAGGAUACUAUAGUAUAGUUAAAGCGCUACUGCAACACAAUGCGGAUGUUAAUCAAUGCGACAUUAAAGGUAACUCGCCUUUAUUAGUAGCAGCUUCUGACAGUCCCUUGGAAACCGUUAAAAUAUUAUCAAGUAAAAUGAGUGAUUUUUCGAAAUGCAAUAGUCUAGGACAAACGCCAAUUUGUGUUGCAUCAAUCCAUGGCAGAGUAGACGUUUUGAAAUACCUCUUACAGUUUUGUAAUGAACUAGUUUCUAAACCUGAUAAUGAGGGUAGGUCUCCUCUGUUUAUAGCCUGUAAAAAGGGGUAUUUGGAAAUUGUUCAACUACUUCUCAGUAAUCAUGCUGAUGUGUCGCAAUCUGACUGGUCUAAACGGUCGCCAUUAUUUAUUGCGUCUGCCAAAGGACACGAUGAUAUUGUCAAAACUUUGUUACAAAAUAAAGCUAAAAUAAAUCAAUGCGACGAAGAAGAAAGAACGCCGUUAUUCAUGGCAUCCGAUAAAGGACAUGCAUCAACUGUACAGAUUCUUAUUAAUUGUGAAGCUGAUUUGAACGCAAUGGAUAAUAGAAAGUGUACUCCACUAUUUGCAGCAUGUAGGCAAGGGUUUAUAGAUAUAGUUAAACUAUUAAAUGAAAACGGAGCUAGCAUUACAGAGUGUAACAAAUGGAAUGCGUCACCUUUGUUUGCAGCAUGUAGACAAGGUUAUUUAGGUAUUGUAAAAUAUUUAGUAGAAAACGGCUGUAACAUUUCUGAUCCGGACAACUCUGGGACCACUCCACUACUAGUAGCACACGAAAAUGGAAAUACUGAAAUAGAAAACUAUUUGAUUCAAAAGAGCGAUGACUUUCAUCAGUCAAAUCAAUGUAAAAAGACCUAGCUUCAUGCAUCAGCAAUUUGAAGGCACGCUCCAAAAAAAUAAAGAUUGUUUGAAUAAACAAGUUCUAACAUGUGACUGGUAUUGCCAUGUUCACACUCUUACAUAGACCUUUCGAAUUUUUAACUGUUUAAAAAGUGAGCUAUCUGCACCGUCAUAUACAUGUUUAUCAAUUUGUUAAAAUCUCUUUCACCUUUGCUUAAUCCAAUGUGUUUGAAUACAUACAAUGUGUGUAUAUAGGACGUAGUAAUUUCUUUUUUAGAAAUAUGACUUUUACAUGUAGUCCAUAUAUUUUUACCAAUAUUGUUCUAUUGAUAUCAUAUAGAAUUAUGAUUUGAAAAAUUAUCGUGUUUUUUUUUCAUUAGGCAUACAACUACAUGUACUACAGAU